AUGCCGCCACGCAAGCGUGCGGCCGCCGACACGGCGACGCGGGAGGAGAACACGCGCUUCCGCAGCGCCAUCGACGAGAUGGCCGAGGAACUCGUCUGCCCAAUCACGCAGGAGCUUCCGGUCGACCCGGUGACGGCGGAGGAUGGGCGCGUCUACGAGCGCAGCGCCAUCGAGGCGCACAUCAGAGGGCGCAGCGCGGAGGCGCUCAAGUCGCCGAUCACCAACGAGCCGAUGGGCGCGCGGCUCCUGCCGGCGGUGCAGGUCCGCAACAACAUCGAGCGCAUGGUCAAGAGCGGCGCGAUUGGCGGCGACAAGGCGGCGGCGUGGCAGAAGCGGAUCAAGGACGGGAAGAUGGUGGCGGAGACGCGGCGCAAGGCGGAGGGCGGCGACAGUGGCGCAAUGACGCAAAUCGGCUAUUGGUACAGGGACGGGCAGAAGGGACUGGCGGUGGACCCGAAGCAGGCCUUCGAGUGGUUUGAGCGGGCGGCGGAGCUGGACGAACCGGAUCCGCUAAUUAAGUGCGCACGGGCCUUACUCGGUGGAAAGGGCGUCGCGCGCGACACCGCGCGAGGGCUGCUCCUUCUCGGCACGGCCUGCGGGCUAGGGUCGGAGCACGCCUGCUAUCUGAGUGGCUGGGGUCACCGACAUGAGAAGUGGGGCCUCAAGAAGGACGACAAGCAGACUGCUCGCUGGUUUCGCAAGAUGCAGGGCUGCUCGACCACAGACACCAGCCAAGCUUGCCGCGACGAUGCGGCCAAGUGGCUGCGCGAGCACCCAAGCGCCUGA